AUGGCAACAACUGGAAUACUAAUCUAUAGCACUUUACAGACAAUCAUUACAUCUUUCUCAAAUGCUUCCCCCUAUUGGUUUAUAGUAAGCUCUGCAGUACCUGGCUUUUCAGGAGGUCUUGUCAUAGUCAUAUCUUCAGCAUACAGUUACAUGUCCGAUAUUACGGAUGAAAGAUCCAGAAAUGUUCGAUUUGCCAUUUUGGAAUUCUUUACUAUUAUGGCUACACCUACCGGAUCUCUUGUGGGAGGCCAAGUUUACGUGUGUGUGUGUGGGAAAAGAAAUGUUUAUGGACGUGCUUCCCGAUAUGAUAACAUGAGAAAGAGUUUUAAAACCUGCGUAAAGGAAAGACCUGGAAACUUGAGAAUGCAGAUAUGGUUAUUGUUAUUUAUUAGUUUAUCUCUUCUACUUAUUCAAAUGGGAUCAGUAGCUAUUGGAUUUUCUUACACACAGAAAGUAUUUAAAUGGAAAGUUACCCGUUAUUCCUACACGACAGCAACGUUUAGUCUUCUGAAUGCUGCGGCAACAUUAACAAUAGUGUAG